UAUCUGGGCGACCAUUACAAUAUAACCAGUGUUACUACUAAAGGUGUUGCGCAGUUGGUUGGGCGCCGCCUUUCUAAUGGCCGAGUUGACGUUCGCGGUGUUAAAGCUCAUUUUAAUCUGGACUAUAGUGGCAUUCUUGUGCUAACUGGUGUGGAUGUAUUGUUUAUUCCACGUGAUGGAGUCGCUGCCGAACCUCAAAAAAUCGAAGAACAAGAGAAAUCAACUUUUCAAAUUGAAUCGGGUUGUUGA